CGGAGGGUCGGAGGGAUUGCCGGACGGAGAAGAUCCUGAAGACCAUCUCAGACCACAAGAGGAGACCCCCAAGACCGUCUCAGACCACAACAGGAGACCCCGAAGACCGUCUCAGACCACAACAGGAGACCCCGAAGACCGUCUCAGACCACAACAGGAGACCACAAAGACCGUCUCAGACCACAACAGGAGACCCCGAAGACCGUCUCAGACCACAACAGGAGACCACAAAGACCGUCUCAGACCACAACAGGAGACCCCGAAGACCGUCUCAGACCACAACAGGAGACCCCGAAGACCGUCUCAGACCACAACAGGAGACCCCGAAGACCGUCUCAGACCACAACAGGAGACCCCGAAGACCGUCUCAGACCACAAGAGGAGACCCCCAAACCGUCUCAGACCACAACAGGAGACCCCGAAGACCGUCUCAGACCACAACAGGAGACCCCGAAGACCGUCUCAGACCACAAGAGGAGACCCCAAAGACCAUCUCAGACCACAACAGGAGACCCCAAAGACCAUCUCAGACCACAACAGGAGACCCCAAAGACCAUCUCAGACCACAACAGGAGACCCAAAGACCAUCUCAGACCACAAGAGGAGACCCCAAAGACCAUCUCAGACCACAACAGGAGACCCCAAAGACCAUCUCAGACCACAACAGGAGACCCCAAAGACCAUCUCAGACCACAAGAGGAGACCCAAAGACCAUCUCAGACCACAACAGGAGACCCCAAAGACCAUCUCAGACCACAACAGGAGACCCCAAAGACCAUCUCAGACCACAACAGGAGACCCCAAAGACCAUCUCAGACCACAAGAGGAGACCCCAAAGACCAUCUCAGACCACAAGAGGAGACCCCAAAGACCAUCUCAGACCACAACAGGAGACCCUGAAGAUUUCUUUGGAGGGAAAAUCAUCUUGGGAUUCUGCUGCUAAGAUGGAGUUGUGGAUCAUUUUGUUGUUCCUGACACCUGGAUUGGUGAAAAAAGCAUCUCCAUCUGGUGUGGCCCCUGAACCUUCCUCUGCAGCCGUGACCCCUACAGAAGACGAGACCAUCGCUCUGGUGGAUUGGUUAAUGAAAUAUGGCUACCUGCCCCCCCCCGACUCAUCCACCGGUCAGCUACAGGCGUGGAGUGCCGUCACGGAUGCUGUGCGGGCCAUGCAGAGGUUUGCAGGCCUCAACGACUCUGGAGUUGUUGAUGACGAUACGAUGGCGCUGAUGAAGAGUCCACGCUGCUCCCUUCCUGAUGAUGACAGGCCGUCUCAGUCAGAGGUCAACCAGGAGGGGAGGAUCGUAAGGAGAAGGAGGAGGAGAGUUGUCUCCAUGUGGAACCGAAGGAACAUUAACUGGAGGCUGCAUUCCUACCCCUCCUCGUCCCGUCUGUCAAGAGAAACCAUUCGUGCGCUGGUCUUUUAUGCUUUAAGAGUGUGGGCGGAGCCAACGCCCCUGGAUUUCUAUGAGGUGGGUGCUCCAGAGGCUGCAGACCUGCAAGUAGACUUCCUCCAUGGUUACCACGGUGAUGGUUAUCCCUUUGAUGGAGCAGGAGGUGCAGUCGGCCACGCCUUCUUUCCCUCAGACCCAACCAGAGCAGGUGGAGUUCAUCUGGAUGCAGGGGAGGACUGGGCUUUCAGACAGCAAGCCUCUGAAGGGACAGACCUGUUCACUGUGUUGGUUCAUGAAUUUGGACACGCACUCGGACUCGCUCACUCCUCCUCUCGACACUCAGUCAUGAGGCCGUACUACCAGGGGCCCGCUGGAGACCCACUACACUUCCGUUUGGGGGCCCAGGACCUGGAGCUCAUCACUCAGCUGUACGGUAAGAGGAACGAGCUGCCGCCCACUGAACCUUCUCCCCUUGCUCCAGAGCGUCAGCUACGUCACAGAGGAAACCGCCACCACCACAGAUACAGCCCUGUCAUUGAUCGCUGUAACACCAGUUUUGAUGCGGUGGCGAGGAUCAGAGGGGAGACAUUCUUCUUCAAAGGUCUGACCAUGUGGCGGGUUAACAGUGGCGGCUUAGUGUCGGGUCGGGGGGCUUCGGUCAGACGGCUGUGGAGGGGUCUCCCUGCUGAACUGCCACGUCUCCACGCCGUGCUGGAGAGACAGUCAGACCACGCCAUCAUCUUCAUCAGUGGCUCACAGUUCUGGCUCUUCAGGGAUCUGUCCUUGCAGGAUGGUUACCCUCAGCCACUGUCUGCCCUCAGGAUGGGCCUGAGUGUCACUGAAGUGGACGAUGAUGAUGAUGGUGAAGAGGAGGAAGCAGCAGUGAGGUGGGGUCUGGUCUGGGAUCCUCAGGAGGGCCCUCUAUGGGGGACCAUGGGAGGCUCUGAGGAGGAUUCACAGGAAGACAUGUGGACUCAACUGCUGAGUAGGGGAGUGAGUGGUAUCACCAUGGACAGUGAUGGGUCGGUCCAACUCUUUAAAGGAGACCUCUACUGGAAGUUCUCAUUUCCUGGCUCCUCACCACAGGACGGUUACCCACGAUCCUCUGCUGCAGACUGGCUGGACUGCCCUGACUCAUCCUCCUCAUCUUCACCUGUGGCAGACAACCUGUCCUCAUCUCUGUCUCCUUUAGUGGAACAGCAUGAGCUCCGAGACCGUUGGAGGGAGGAGAGAGAGAGGGAGGAACCAGGAGGAACCAGGAAGGAUGAAAAUAAAGACAAACGGGCAGGAGGAGUGCACACCAGGUCCCGGUGUACCUGUCAGAGUGGAGCACCUGAUGGAAAGACACCAUCCUUUAUUGACCUCCUUGUUCUGAUGACUUUGACACUGUUGGCUCAGUAACGCUGCACACUGACAGCUGCCUCCCUCUGGUUUAGUUAGAGCAGGAGCCAGUCUGGUUUAAUGCAGGUGAAAGGUGAUCAAUGUGGCUUACAGAUCACACCAGGACCCUGGAGUAGACUUCAGUCUGAGUAGGGACAGGGCAUGGUGGGAAAGACUCAGAUUUACUUAAAGAUCUGUUGUUCUGUCAUUUUCACUGAUGACUGAUUGUAAUGUGGCACUGCUGCCAGAUGGUGGCUGGAGCACACUCCAGUACAGCAUGGAAGCCACCAUUAAAGAACUGCAGAAGAAGAAAGACUUCAGGUCACAUGACACCUGAAGCGUCGCAGACUGCAGAGACAUUAUGAGACUAA